UGCUACCAUCAUCGAUGGAAUCAUAUACAUCUUUGGUGGUUUAGAUCAAGAAGAUAAAGAAUUGGGUGAUUUGACCUCAUUUCAAAUAAGUACCCAAAGAUGGUACAUGUUUCAAAAAAUGGGUCCUUCUCCGAGUCCUCGGUAUUUGCAUACUAUGAGCGCUGAAAAUGAAAAGAUUUUUGUUUUUGGUGGUGAAUCAAAUCAAUCUUCAAAACCUGAUGAAGAUGGUGUAAUUCAUAUUUUAGAUACAUCCAGAAUAAAAUAUCCUAGUCAAGAACCACAAUCUCAACAAAUGUUAUCUCAACAACAACAAUUGUUGUCUCAACAAAUGCUAUCUCAGCAACAAAUGUCUUAUAUUCCUCAACAACAACAAUCUCAACAACAAACCCAUUCGCAGAAAAAGAUACCCCAGCAACAAAUUCAUCAACAACAAAUAUCCCAACAACAAAUUCAUCAACAACAAAUAUCCCAACAACAAAUUCAUCAACAACAAAUACCUUCGCAGCAACAAAUAAUGUCUCCUUAUUCGACCCCUUUAACUUCCCCUACUCAACAACAAUCUUUUUCUCAGAGAA